UGGAAGUGGGCGUGUCCGUCUUCACUACAACAUGUCGGCUGAGGCUGAAACUUUAUGCUAAAUUAAAUUAACACAGUUUCGCGAUUUUACCUAAUUUACAAGGAAUAUGUUCUGGGAGCACGCACUAAACGUAACCAGCACUUUCUCAAAGGACGUAUAUCGUUGGUGUGUAGUUUUAUUUGCGUGGGUUUUCGCAGUAGUCUUACCGGUGUAUGGCACUUCAGCAGCAAUCAACCCACAGAAAUGUCUUAUUUGGGGCUCGGGGCUGCAGGCGGACACCGUUUUACCAGUCCGCUACUUCUACAUCCAGGCAGUAGGUUCACAUGGACACAACCUUACUGCAUCUCCAGGUAAAGAUGCAUUCAAGGUGAAAAUAAGUUCCCUGGACCCAAAGGAGUACAUUCGGAUCCACGUCGCUCAACCCCUGGACAGAGAAGAUGGGUCUUUUCUGGUCAGAUACAGGCUUUAUGGGACAGCAUCUAAGGGCCUAAAGGUGGAAGUCCUUCACGGAGAUGUUCCUGCUGCAAAAUCACCAUACACUAUACAAGGUCCAGUUUACCAUGAAUACUGUGACUGCCCAGAGCCUGAUGGUUCAGCCUGGCAGAAAGAGCUGCAGUGUCCCAAAAAGGAACCCCAGAUUCUGGCAGACUUCAAAUCCUUCCCCACCGUAGACCUCCAGCGCCUUAGACAGGACGUGCCCAAAAGAUUUUCUAACCGAGGUGGCCUCAUUCAUUACGCCAUUAUUAACAACCAGAUCUACCGACGCACUCAAGGGAAAUAUACAGACUUCAAGAUGUUUUCAGAUGAAAUACUCUUGUCUCUAACUAGGAAGGUCAAAGUACCUGAUGUGGAGUUUUACAUAAAUGUCGGGGACUGGCCUUUAGAGACAAAGAGUGCAGAUGCGAGCCCUGGCCCUCUCCCCAUCUUCUCCUGGUGUGGAUCCACUGACACCAGAGACAUUGUCCUGCCCACAUAUGAGGUCACACACUCCACUCUGGAGACCAUGAGAGGAGUCACCAACGACCUGCUGUCUGUCCAGGGACACACUGGGCCUCCAUGGAUCAACAAAACAUCUAGAGCGUUUUUCCGUGGCCGGGACAGUCGAGAGGAGCGCCUGCAGUUAGUCGCUUUGUCCAAGAAACACCCUGAGCUGUUGGAUGCUGGAAUCACGGGCUGGUUCUUCUUUAGAGACCGAGAGAAACAAGUGGGCAAAGCUCCACUGGUGGGAUUCUUUGAUUUUUUCAAGUACAAGUACCAAGUAAACAUUGAUGGGACAGUGGCAGCUUACCGUUUCCCAUACCUGAUGCUGGGGAACAGUCUAGUUCUGAAGCAGGAUUCACAUUACUACGAGCACUUCUACAUCCAUCUUAAACCUGGGACUCACUACAUCUCAGUGAAGAGAGACCUGUCUGAUCUCAUGGACAAAAUACAGUGGGCCAAGGACAAUGACGAAGAGGCACAGAAGGUGGCCAGGACGGGACAGGAGGCAGCCAGAGAACUUCUUAAACCUAGCCGACUCUACUGUUACUACUACAACGCACUAUUCAUGUACUCACAACGGCAGACUGGUCAACCACAACGCCACAAAGAGAUGGAGCACGUGCCUCAGCCCAAUGACCACACUGCCAUUUGUACAUGCAAGAGACGCACGCAAGAGGAGAAACGCAGACUGAAUGAUGAACUUUGAACCACAAAAAUGUCAUCCAAUUUUAACAGUUUACAUUCCUGACAGAAUUAUUGUCAGUUGUUACAGAAUGUUACAGGGUGUUUAUUGCAACAAUCAUGCAUUUGUACGUUUUAUAUAUUAUGUUUUUUUUAAAAUACUGUGCCUGUGUUGUUUACAAAGACUAAAGACUGCCUAACAAAUUAUGUGAUGUAAUUGUUAUAAAAAUAUUUUAUACCAUUUAUUAUAGAAUUUUCUUUUUAAAUUUUCAAAUAAACACAAAAAAAUGAAUGUAUUGUUUGCACAAAUACUAAAUUAAUAAAGUAAUAAUGUAAA